AAGAUUUACUCCUCAUAUUGUUGACCAGACAAUGUAUUUAAUUUGUAAUGUUGUCUCAAAUACAUAGAAGGUCAAGGACUCUGCGUACUUUUAUUUCCGGGUAUUUCAGGAAAGAAACUACAAUUCCCACGAGCCCAGAUGACAAGGAAGAGCGGCGCGACCUCAUUCAGACGUGUCCAACAGAAACAGGAGUUUGUGUGGAAGCAGAAGACCUCCUGCAAAACAUAAACUGCUGCGUAUUUGCAAAAAUGUACCGAUCGGAAAUCUGUUUUAUCAAGUGACACUUUUUCCCGCCGAGUUUUUAUAAACAGGGAACAAACAUGGGAACAGGUUUGGCUAUUGGUCUUGUUUUUAUCGGAUGCUGUAGCAAUGUGGUGUCUCUGGAGCUGCUUGUAAGAGAAUUUCCAGGAUGUGGCAACAUAGUCACCUUUGCUCAGUUUUUAUUCAUUGCUCUGGAAGGUUUCAUCUUUGAAACUAACUUUGGGAGGAAGAAACCAGCAAUUCCUGUAAGAAACUAUGUGAUCAUGGUGGCCAUGUUCUUCACAGUCAGUGUGAUCAACAACUACGCUCUCAACUACAACAUCGCCAUGCCAUUACACAUGAUCUUCAGAUCAGGAUCGCUAAUCGCUAACAUGAUCCUGGGAAUAAUCAUCCUAAAGAAAAGGUAUUCUGCCAGUAAAUAUCUGUCUAUAGCUUUAGUUUCAGCUGGUAUCUUCAUCUGCACCAUCAUGUCAGCCAAACAAGUGAAUGUGGCCAGUGAGGGAUCAGAAGAGCAAGGCUUUAAUGCCUUGAUGCGCUGGCUUAUAGGUAUUGCUAUGUUGACCUUUGCUCUGCUGAUGUCUGCCAGGAUGGGAAUUUUCCAGGAGACACUGUACAAGCAGUAUGGAAAACACUCCAAGGAGGCCCUCUUCUAUAAUCACUGCCUGCCUCUGCCGGGCUUCCUGCUUUUUUCCACAGACAUCUACAACCACUGUGUCCACUUCAGUCAAAGCACUCCUGUAGUUGUUCCUGAGGUUGGAUUGACUGUGCCGAUAAUGUGGAUCUACCUGCUGGUCAACGUCAUCACACAGUAUGUGUGCAUCCGUGGUGUGUUCAUUCUGACCACCGAGUGCGCCUCGCUGACGGUCACUCUUGUGGUGACCCUGAGAAAGUUCCUCAGCCUCAUCGUCUCCAUCAUUUAUUUCCAAAACCCCUUCACUACCUGGCACUGGGUGGGCACGGCCGUGGUCUUCCUGGGCACUCUGCUGUACACGGAGGUGUGGAGCAGCGUGCAGGUGGCUCUGCGUGGACCCGACGUCAAGGAGAAGAAGGCGGAGUGAAGAAGAAGGGACUGGUGGUCAAAUAGAAAAACAGCAGCUAUGUUGGACUUCAGCAAUUUUAUACAGUUGUUUCAUUUUGUUUUCAUACUUGAUCACACAUCAGACACACAACGGUUUAAAGGAGAGGGCUGGUGAGAUUAUAUAUUUUCAUCAUUGUAAAUAAACCCAGGAAAAGACCAGAAAUCAACAGUGUUAGUUUGUAUCAAAAUACUAUUCGACCUCCCGACUGUCUCUGUGUAAUUCAGGACAAAGGCCUUUUAUUCCUACCGAAUCUUUAGGGCUGCUUUUUAUUAAUAACGGAUCACAUGACUACUUAAAUGUGAAAGGGGUUGCUUGUAGUGAUAAACCUACAGAUAAUUAUCACUUGACUCUGCAGUUCUUCCCACCUUUUACGGAGCUUUAUAACGAUUUUCAGCUUGUUUAGUUGUCUAGCCCUAAACGUUAUUAUUCUUUCUCAACGAUCUGAAAGUGUCGUUUUUGGCUGCAUCAGCUUUCAGCAAAAAAAGCUCUAAAGCCUACCCCAGUACGCGACCUGCUCAGCACCAAACAGCAGACAGACACAGUUAGCGACCAGCUGGUCAACAUAGUGGAGCAUUUAGCCGACAGAGAGCGAGAUAUUUCCCUCAAGAGCUGGUGGAGACCAAAAACAGAGCAAAAAGUACAGUGAAAAUUGGACUUUAUCAGGUUGCUCUAUAAAUGCUGUGUGUAAAUAAACUGGUUGCAGUUUUACCAUAUGAACUUAAGAUGAUGAUAUGUCUAGAGCUGCAGAGAUUAAUAGAUUAAAAGCAAAUAAAUUGGCAUAUUUUAUCUGUAAAUAGUUUUUAAUUUUUUAAGCAAAAUCCCAAACAGUUUCAGAUUCUCAAAAAAUACUGCUUUUUGUUUUUGGUCUUCACAAUAUAGUUAAUUGAAUAUUUGGGGGCUUUUGACUGUACAACAAAACGUUUGAUGAUGUGACCUUCUGCUCUAAGCUAUUGCGAUGGGCUUGUUUCACUGUUUUAUGAUCUUUCAUUGACCAAAAGGUUAUUGGAUAAUGAAAAUAAUUGUUAGUUGCAGCCUUACUGUAGAUAUGUUGAUGUUGUGUUCAGUCUGUUUCCACAGUUAUUGCAGGUUUAAAAACAACUAAUAUAUAAUUUUAUUUUUUCAAAAGGUUAAAUAAUUUCCUAAAACAGCUGGGAACUGUAGUUUUUAGCCAACACUACAGGAAUGGGGGGAGCUAUUUUCAGCUGCAGAUUAAUACACUGUUGGUACACUGAUCAGUAUUUAAAGCAGCAGGACUGUGUUUUGUUUAGGCUUGACUGAAAAACAUACAUUGGGCUUUGAUCAAUUCAUUGUUGGUUUCAGUCUUUAAAUGGGAGUUGUUGAUAAUAAAAAUAUUGAAAGAAAAUAUAGAACAUCACCAUCCCUUAUCUUUGCCAUUAGUAUAUCACAUCCAUAGAUGCAAACUGUGUUGCAACUUUUAUUUUGUCUAGAAUGUUGUUCAAAUAUUUAUUUUCUAAAGGUGACAGCUAGUUUACUCCAUACUAGCAUCGAUGCUACCGUUCAUCCAGUAGGUUUACACUGAACACUUGCACUGUUGGGGAUGAUUUAUGGACCAUGUAGUAGCUGUAAUUUCUUUUCUCUUCUAUCAAAUUGUCUCAGGUGUAUUUCUCAUCUGGAAACAGUAGGAACAAAUCUUUACACUCCCUGCCCGCUGAAAUUAAAAUGACAACCUGGCUACAAA